AUGUAUUCGUCUCCCGCUGGCCACCCUCCGUGGCAGACUUCAUACCCAUCGCUGAACCACCAGAAUCAUGCUUACAUACCAGUUCCCGCCCGAAAUGCCUUUGGUCCUCAACCGAAUCUUGUUCCGCCACCCACCUACAAUCCAGCUCCCUUGCUGCCUCAACAAUAUAUGCCCUCACCAUCAACGAGCACCGCGCCAAACACGCCGCCCCCCCAACCGCAACAACAAGCAAGGCAAAAGAUAGUCUGGUCUGCAGACGUCCGUGAUUAUGUCAAUCGCUCAUUUGCCAAAGCCGCAGAAAUCCGGGAUGUGUCGAAAGAACAGAUUGAAACAAAACUCAAAGAAAUUAUCACUGAUGCAACUCAAACUGGCAAGUUGGAUACUAUCAAUUGGAAAGAGCUGCCACUACCGCAACAAAUGAUUCGAGAUGAACGCAAUCGUGCUCUUCUUGCCCCUAUGUCCCCUCCAUCCUAUAUUGCUGCUGUACCUGUUCAAGCCGCUUCCACCACUUCCUACCACUCUCAACCGGAUGUCCCUCGUAAGCGCAAAUCCACGGAGCUUUCGACUGAUGGCGAGCUUGCCACACCUCAACCGCCUUGGAGAACGAAUGGACGAUCUUCUGGACCUUUGGCUGACCGUGUUUCCUUCAACCCGUCCGAUAAGCGGCCCAAACUCGACAUGAAUAAAUCCGUAAGUAAAGCCCACGCAAGCCUGGAAUCUCGCAGGCGGCGGUUCGAGGAGACGCGCCAGGGAUCGGACUCUCCACGCACGCAAGAGUCAUCUCGGGUUGCUUCGCCGGAGCCGAGGACGACUGGACCAAUUGUUGGUCGCUCGCAAAAGCUCGAGAAGAACUACUUCAGAUUAACGUCAGCACCCAACCCUGAUGACGUCCGACCUCUGGAAGUCCUCCGCAAAACUCUGGAACUGCUCAAAAAGAAAUGGCGCACAGAGGGCAACUACGUCUACAUUUGUGACCAGUUCAAGUCACUGCGGCAAGAUUUGACUGUCCAACAUAUCAAGAACGAAUUCACCACCAGCGUGUACGAGUACCAUGCUCGCAUUGCUUUGGAGAAGGGUGACCUGGGUGAGUAUAAUCAGUGCCAAACACAGCUACGGGCGCUGUAUAAACAGAACCUCGGUGGUCACCCUGUGGAGUUCAAGGCAUAUCGUAUCCUUUAUUUUAUCCACACGUGCAACCAAACUGACAUGAAUGACGUACUCUCUGAUCUAACACCAGCAGACAAGAAGGAACCUGCAAUUAAGCAUGCACUUGAAGUGCGCUCUGCUCUCGCUCUUGGGAACUACCACAAAUUCUUCAAAUUGUAUCUCACUGUGCCCGACAUGGGGGCAUAUUUGAUGGAUAUGUUCGUAGAACGUGAGAGACUAGCCGCGCUGGCGUGCUUGUGCAAAACGUACAAACCGGAUGUACGAUUGCGCUUCGUCACAGAAGAACUCGGGUUCGAGUCCGAUGAAGAAGCUUGCCAAUUCAUCCUCGACCAUGCCCCGGAUGAAUCAUCGAACCUACUCGAAGAACGCGACGGUGAUGUUCGCUUCUUGACGGGGAAGGCGGGGAACAUUUUCCAGAUCGCGAAGGCCAGAGCCUUUGGGACAGUCGACAUCAAGGGCCAAAUCUGA